GUUCUGCAAUCAGUCAUUAUUGUGGGUGUCUCUGUACCGUAAUUCCACUAAUAGACGUGCAGCGGUACCCAGAUGGCGGCUCACUUGACCGGGUGUUCGCAGAUGGCGGCUCACUUGACCGCGGUUGUUUACUUCCACUACUGUACAGACUGAUUCGCUUUGUAAAUGAACGGUGCUCUUAAAAUUGGUCUUGUAGGGGCGGCGAGGUAAAGGCUACAAGGGACACAGCUCUGGCUACUGGGCAUGCGCAAAUCAAUCUAACGUAAUUUUUUUUUUUUUCAUUUCACAUUGUACAAAAAUAAUACUGUUUUUGUAUUAUAGUAGGGGCUAAGUGUAGGUUUGGGGUAGGUGUAGACGUUAAAAAAAAAAACACAAUCUAAUAGGUUAAUUAAUUUCAUUGUUAGUUUCCGGUCGGAGCUGGAUCUCUUCUAGCCACAACCCUAAGCACAAAAUGGCGGAUUUAAAAAAAACACAAGGAUAAAGAUGGUGAGGUUUAUACGAGCUGAAGGACAUGAGAACGACGUUUGUUUUUCUUCUUUUCGCUGUCUGUGCACUUUUCGCAUUUGGAAAAGCUUGUGGCCCGAGUGAAUAUAAAUCAGCUGCUGGAGAAUGUUGUCCUAUGUGUAAUAUUGGAUCAGUAGUACGUAGUGACUGUAGUGGGGAUUUAAGUACCACAUGCAAACCCUGCCCUCCAGGAACAUUCAUGAAUGAACCAAACGGCCUUCAUAAUUGCUUCAAAUGCAGAAACUGUGUUGAAAGUCAAGGUCUUUACAUCCAGAGUACAUGCUCUACAAUAAAAGACACUGUCUGUGAUGUUCUUGAUGGAUAUUACUGCAUUGAUUACUCAAAAUCACAGUGCCAUCAUGCUCAGAAACAUACUGUUUGUGAACCAGGACAAGAAACAAAAAGAUCAGGAACAAAGACUUUGGAUACAAUAUGUGUGAACUGUCCUCAUGGAUUUUAUUCUCCAUCAGGUCUGAACUGCACCAAAUGGACAGAUUGCACAGCUAGGAGUGAAAUACAGAUAGAAAUUGGCAGCUCUGUUAAAGAUGUUACAUGUACAAUGGAAAGACGGGGAAGAUAUGGUCUCAUAUUGCCAGUGGCUUUAACAUCUUUGUUCUUCAUUCUGUGCCUGUGGACACUGUUCAGAAGUUGUAAACUUAAGCAUCCUGUUGAAGAAACAAACCCUGCGUAUACAGAACAAACCAAACGCAACACACCGUAAGAAGGAGGAAAACAGUGAAGAACUAGUUACUUCCUAAAAAUCUCAGUCACUCCACCCCUGGAUCUCCAGCAUUCCACUUGUGACAGUAUUGCAAACUUCUCCGUGUGCUGUGACCUUGACGUGGUGGAGAAGCUUGAGUUCCUCCGGUAUCAUAACAUAUAUGAGAGAAGGUUCAACCAUAAAAUCACACCUAGGAGGACAAACUAACAACAGCAAGUGUUUUUUUGGACAGUAAGUCCAGUCUCUUCUGCUCACCAAGCCUGCAUACAUUACUAUUUGUAGCAUCAUUACUCUAGUCACAUGAUCCUUCAGAAAUCAUUCUAAUAUUCUGAUUUGCUGCUCAAAAAAACAUUUAUUAUUAUAUUGAAAGCAGCAGAACAACAGUUGUAGAUGUUUUUUUUUUUUUUUUUUUUUUAAUAAUAAUGUUUCUUGAAUAGCAAAUCAGCAUAUUAGAAUGAUUUUUGAAGGAUCAUGUGACACUGAAGACUGGAGUAAUUAUGCAGAAAAUUUAGCUGUGAUCACAGGAAUAAAUUGCAUUGUAAAAUCUAUUCCAACAGAAAACAGUUAUUUUAAAUAGUACAAAUAUUUCACAAUAUUACUGCUUUUGCUGUACUUUGGAUCAAAUAAAUGAAGGCUUGGUGAGCAGAAGAGACCGCUAGGCUGGCUAGGGGCCUGUUUGUUGUGAAUUUGACGCAUUUUUUUUUUUCCUAGUUUUUUUCUUUUGUACUACGUAUCCCACAAUUCUUAGUCAACUUCAUUUAGGGUGAACUCCAUAUAUGGAACACUACAUUACCCAUGUUCCCCUGCUUAAGGUCUAUAAAUAGACCAUACAUCCUUCCUUUGUUCCUUUCUCCUGUUGGUGAGGUGUGGGUGUUUGAAUGGGCACCCAACCAUGUCCUUUGAGUCCUUUCCUUUGGAUGUGUUAAGUAAGUUUGUUUUUCAAUUGUAUAGUUGGAAUUUGUUUAUUUGUGUUUAGUUGUUUAAUCAUUAUGUGGACUAUGUACAAUAUAGAUGUUUAUUGAUGAGUUGUUUGUAUGAUUUUGAUUUCUUUAUAUAUUGUUUGUAGUGACCAAAAACCAUCCUGUUUAUCCUGGGCAUCCACUCCAUCAUGUUUAUCAUGGAAUGCCUGCAUCAUGUGAAUUCCUGCAUUGCAUUUGAUGUCAAUGGCUAAAGAUGUACUAUUCUUCACUUAAGUGGUAUUAAAGAGAGCAAAGGACUGCGUUUUUUCCAGUGUUUUAAUCAGACACCCCACCAAGUUCUACAAGAUCUUUGGAUAUUUAACACUGUUAUAUCUGCUUUUUUUUUUGUUUGUUUGUUUUUUAAAGAAGCACUUAAGUUGUUGUUAAAUAUGGUUAUUACUGUUAUCAGGGUUUUCUUGAUAUUUGUAGAGUUGGUAUUGAUCAUUGCAUUAUAAAGAUCAUGUGUUUUCGUAUCUCAGGUUUUAUACCUUAUGUCUGUGCACUUUAUCUAAUUAUCUAAGGUCCUUUGUGUUUUGGGCUGUAUGUUUCAGUGACAGAAAUGCACACAGAAACCUAGAACUGACUUUAAAUAUUCAGGAAAAAUGAGCAGACAAUACAGGGCCCACACUUAUCAGAAAUGUUGUUUAUUAUCAAUACUAUGUUAUGAAUAGUAUACUUCUCCAUCCAAUCAUUGUGUAAAGCAAAAGGAAGAAUUAAAUGGUAUAUUGUACCAAAACAACUUGGUUGUUGGAUAUGUUUAGUAUUUUCUAACUGUAUUUAACAUUUUCCCAUACUGUGAGUACACUAAUUACAACUUUUCUUGUUUUAUGUUUAUGCUUUUGGAAAUUGAUUAUUCCUAUCCCUAAUCAGGCUUAUUAUUUAGCAUUUUAGGCUCAUUGUUACCACAAA